GUCUCGCUUCAAUGCCGUGGCGACUACGCUCCAAAGCCGCUUUGCUUAUAAGGGGUUUCCCCCUUCCCUGCCCCUCCGUCGUUGAUUGCUGCCCUUCUCUAAUUCUUCCAUUUCCUAGUUGUUCAUUUAUCACUUUUGGAUUCGAGUUGCUGUUAUACAAUGGCUACCGAUUCAGGCGCUGAAUCUGGGAAUGGUUCGAAGGAGCCAGAGAAGUCCAAGAUUGAGCCUUUUAGAAUGCCCUCGGCUGAGGAGAUCCGCGCCCAAGAAGUUUGGAACAACUGUGCUGUUCGCAGUGUUGUCAGCGGAGUCAUGGGAGGUGGGCUCGGGCUAUUCAUGGGUUUGUUCCUCGGUGCACUUGAUAAUCAUCCUACAAUGCAUGAUGAAAUGACUGGUAGGCAGCAAUUUAUUUACACUGCCAAGCAGAUGGGACAAAGGAGCUGGGGUUCAGCCAAGGCAUUUGCUGUCAUGGGCCUAGUUUUCUCAGCUACAGAGUGUGUUGUUGAGAAGGCUCGGGCAAAACAUGACAUGACAAAUACAGUUGUUGCUGGUUGCAUAACUGGAGGUGUAAUGUCGGCAAAAGGCGGCCCACAAGCAGCCUGUGUUGGUUGUGCUGGCUUUGCAGCUUUCUCGGUUCUGAUAGAAAAGUUCUUAGAUAGACAUAGUUAAGCGGAAACCCAGAGUUUCAGUUUUGCAAAUUCCACGUUAUAGUUUGGACAAGGAGUAGUAGCUGCCCUGCUAAAUUCAUCGUAGUACCAUCCUCGCUCAAAUUGAGUUCAUCGCCAAGAAAGAAGAUAGAAGUUGUACUAUUUAAUUCCUCCAUAUACCACAGUACUAUUAGGACGCAUAUUCUUUUGUAAUUUCCCAUAGAGGUGGUGAUUGGAUCGUUCGAUCCAUCUGACCUUUAGAUGAAUAUGUAAUAGCAAGCUUUUUUGGCUAGUUGAAUUUGAGUGUGAAUGAUGACCGAUUAUUCUAUCUUUCAUAAUGAAGAAUCGGGAUGUAAUGUCAA